AUGUCAGACAACCAAUGCAACGUUGACAGUCCUUUGACCUUUAUUUAUAAAGAGGUCGACGGAAUCCGUGUCCUGCUCGACGUCUAUCUUCCACCAGACGGUGUCGACCAGCAAUUCGCCCAGCAGGUGAUUCAGUAUCACCCAGCAGUCGUCUACUUCCACGGAGGGGGUCUAACCGUAGGAAAUAAACGGAGCUGGUUCCCUACUUGGCUGAAAAGCCGGUUGCACGCACGCGGUAUCAUAUUCAUCAGUGCAGAUCAUCGUCUUAUUCCUCCAGGGACUGGAUACGAUGUGCUCGCUGAUGUGAAGGACGCCAUCGCUUUUGUUGCGGGAGAUUUAAACGUUCAGCUCGAUCAGGAGCUGGCUGAUCUUGGCUCUGGUUCACGUUUCCGCAUCGAUCCCACGUCGAUCGGUGUCGCUGGAACUAGUGCGGGCGGGUUCUGCGCGUAUCUAUGCGCUAUCUAUGCAGUCCCGAAACCGAAAGUAGUUCUCAGUUUAUAUGGUAUGGGGGGCGAUUUUCUGACAGACCAAUAUCUCGCUCCAAAGACGCAAUCUUUCCUCCGGGGGAGAGAAAUGCUAGAUCCCGCACAGUUCUCUGAAUAUAUGCAUCCAUUCAACAAUCUCCAAAGCACUUCAGACUCACCACUCGUAUACCAUCCACAGUCAUAUCACAUCCCGGGAUAUCCUGCGAACCCGCGAAUGUUAAUCUCACGCUUAUACCUGCAACUCGGGGUCGCUUUGGAUUAUAUCACAGGCCAGCAUGAACCAAGUCUUAGUGUCGCGUUACGCAAGGCUAUCCAUACUGGGGAUCCCUUCGACGAGGCACUCAUUUCUGAUCACAAGAUUAUCUUCCCUCAGUUCAACGUCACAUCGGAGUGGCCGGCAACAUAUCUCAUCCAUGGAACCAACGAUACGGCUGUUCUCCUGCGAGAGUCUCGUAAUUUGCAUUCCUUGCUCUUGAAGGCUGGCGUAGAAGUUGUAUUGGAAGAACUACCAGGUCGAGAACAUUCGUUUGAUUAUCAACCAGGCGCAGAGCUGGAAAAUGAAAGAUCGUUCGAUGACAUCGUUCAGUUUCUUUAUCGACACCUAACUUAG